GUAAGUCAUUGGUCACAGACCAUAACAAGUCGCGCGCGCAUCGGUCGUCGCGCGGUUCAAAACUCGCGGGCCUUCGGAAUUCGAGUGACAACCGACAGUAUGUGAACGCGAGUGUGAUUAUGAAAAUUGGAAACAGUGUUUUUUUGAAAGAAAAAGAAGCGGAAGAAUUUUUUUUAUUUAAUUUCAGUGGAUCGAAUGCUGCCAAUGAGCCAUGGCGCUCAACACGACUCGAGAAGCCAAGUUGAUGGCGAGGAGAAGACUGAUGAUCGCCUUCUUUGUUGGAGUUCUGUGCAUCAUCAUAUCAGCGAUACUGAUGGCCAUCAAUCCCGUCCACAUCAUAGCUAAGUUUCAAACACGCAUAGCCCCAAACUCCCUCCCAUACCACCUACUCCAGUCCGAAGUGGAGGGGGUCCACGUGAAGGCGUACCUCUUCAACGUCACCAACCCCGUGGAGUUCCUGAGCGGGAGGGACCGUAACAUGAAGAUGCAAGAGAUCGGCCCUUUUAGCUACAAAGAACUUCGCUCCAACGAUGAUUUAGAGCUGGACCUAGAAGAAGGUGUGGUGCGAUACACGCCCAACGUGAAUGUAGAAUUCGUUCCUGAGGAGUCUGUCGGGCGACCAGAGGACAUCAAUGUCACCAUACCUAACAUUGCUAUGCUGAGCAUGACGGCCAUGAUGUCCUCAUACCCAUUCUGGACGCGGUUCGGCUACAACGCCUUCCAGAAGCAGGUCGAUUCACGAGCAAUCAUAACUGUCCCGGCACACGAGUACUUGUGGGGGUACGACGAAGCCCUCAUCACCAUGGGAAACACGUUCAUGCCCGGAUGGAUACACUUCUCCAAGAUGGGGAUCAUGGACAGGCUAUACGACAAGACUGUCCCAAACCGGCUGGUAGUCGGUGCAAGAGAUGUUGAUAAGUUUGAGAUUAAGUCCUUGAACGGAGUCAGUGGACUACCGCCCUGGGGGUACGAGGAUAAUACGACCAGAACAAACUGCAACACCUUCACAAAUGCGUACGAGGGCGUGGCUUACCCGGAUGACAUGACCCCUGAAAAGGAAAUCCGGAUCUUUCGGAACGUUCUAUGCCGGUUCCUGGAGCUGGACUACCAGGAGCAAAUCACGAUGGACUUCGGCGCUGAUGCGUUGGUGUACAAAAUCAGUAACCGGACGUAUUCACCAGGGAAGGACAACGAGUGCCUCUGUGGCAAGGGGAUCUGCAUGGACGGCCUGUCGGAUCUCUCGCCGUGUUUUUAUGGUCUGCCUCUCGCCAUGUCCAACGCGCACUUCCUGAACGCGCCUCCUGAAAUGUACGAGCGGAUCGAGGGCCUUCAACCGGACGAGGCCAAGCAUGGAGGACGGUUUCUCAUUGAACCGCAAAUCGGAGCCGUAAUAGAAACGGAGUUCACAGUGCAGGUCAACAUCGUGAUGGGAGACGUCAGCUUCAACGAUGAGGCCAAAGCCAUGUCCGGCAUGGUUGUGCCGGUUGGAUACUUUAAAAUUAUACUCCCAGCUCUGCCUGAACACACCAAAGACCAGCUCAAUCUGAUGUAUAAGACUGGACCCGCCAUCUUCUUAGCGGUCGAGAUAUCACUGUACAUCCUCGGCACCCUUCUCAUAACCUAUUCCUUCGUCCAAGUCUGCAGAACGUGGCUCUGCGCUGAUGAAAGGGCUAUUGAGUACCAGACCCCGAGCGAUGAGAAGAAGGCAACGAUAUUGUGUGUUCCGUUGAUGGACUUUGAUUCUAAAAGCAAUAGUUUCUUGUUAUAGUUGAGGACCCAGCUGUGUCAUCAUCAUUAGACAACGAAUGUAAUACGUCUAGAAAGCGAACAUCGAGAAUCGAAUUUUCGUUGUCUGCUUCUCUAUCGCUCUUGCAUUAGGGCGAUAGAGAUACCGAAAUUUCGAUUUUCGGAGUUAAGGCCUUAGGUCAGGAGGCAGGUAACCUUAGGGGUGAAAUAGGUGAAAGUAAAGUUGAAGAAUAUUAUUCCAUUUUCGGCAAAUAAUUAAAAAAAUUAGCCAUAACUCAAAGAAAGUUGAAUAUAAGUGUUUUUUUUAUUUUGUCGAUUGAAAGGAUAAGGUAGUUGUACUGCCACACUGCGCAUAAUCGCCGUAACUGCUAUUAAGCAAGCAAAGCGGAGGCAAAUCUGACAUAUUCUGUGUACAGCAGAUUUGCAUAGGGCUGUAAUCUGUAAUAGAUCUUGAGACUAGGCAUUACUUAUAUUUUUUUUACCAGGUGGGAUUGAAACAGGAGCAUAUAUUUAAAUGAGUAGAAAUCUUGAUAUUGCAUGUAGGUAUGUACAGUCGCCAUCAGAUAUAUCGGAGCGUCCGAGGUGCUCAAAAAUAUCUGAACACGCACUCUAACGCCUUGACAAUAGAGACGUGUUCAGAUAUUUGUGAGCGCCUUAUCCGCCCCGAUAUAUCUGAUGGCGACUGUACUUAGAUCAAAAUAAAGUAAAGAUUUUUUAAGUAAGUUAUUUAAAUAAAUUUUUCAAUUUUUUUGCUCGUGUUACAAGACCAUCCUGAAUAUUAGGCAUAGUAUACGUUGGUAGGUGCUAGUAGUAGCAUAGAGCUAUGUCAUAGUGAUAAAGGUGCGUUUUAAUGUUUGUCAGCAAGCAAGCCACAGCAUGUGACUUGCCACACAUGAUAACUGAUGUGCUAUUGAAAAGUUUCAUAAAUAGCGAAAUAUUGAUAUGGAAUAAUAUCUAGAUAUACUUAUCUAUAUUAUUUAUUUAGAAAUCUUUGGAAACUUUCCGCAAGUUGCAUAAAUAAAAACGCACCAAAAUAUUUAAAAUGUGCCUAAUACAGGGUUACACCAUUUUGCUCAUUCAAGCAACUAGAAUAAAUGAGAGUAGGUAUUUAAGUCAUUUGUAAAUUUAAUUUUAAUUUACAAGGGGAAAUGCGUUUAAGGAUUUUAAGUAUUUAAUACGGAUCCACUUAGGUUAUUUUAGGCUGUAUUCCUAUCUGUCCCCGUCCCACGUGAUCAAGAUGGGGACAGAUGGGAAUACAUAUUUAGAAAUAAAUAUUACUGUGAUACGUGGAGGCACGUAAAACAUACUUACCUAAUAUUUAUAUAGGUACUUAAAUUGAGCAAUUUUUUGUGUUCAUUAAUAGACUUUUAUUAGAUUACUACCUAGAUUAUCUUAAAUAAUCCAAAUAAAAAUGGUAGGUGAUCUAUUUGCCAUUAUCACAAGUAUUUAAUUCUAUUGCAGAUUGUAUUUUAUGGCAUUGACACAUUUCAUAUAAUUGCCAAUUUCUUGCGAAAAAUAUAUGCUUUACUAUGUUUUGAUUGAUAUUUUAUCGAUUGUUGAAUAAAUGUCCUGUUUUUACUUACUUAGUAGUUAAAUACGAAUUCGUAAAUAUUAUUUUCAAUACGUCCUCACACUCCAUGUAAAUAUUAUAAGUAGGUAGACAAUUAGGAUUUUUUUGGGUUCGGAUUUAUAUAAAUUAUAAUUUAUACAAUUUAAAAAAUAAUAUGUUGAAAAUAACAAAAGGAACAAAGGUACAAAAAUAAGCUAUUGUAAAUAAAUAAUUUAUAAUAUAAAAAUUACAUCUUUCCAUUACAAAACCUCUUAGGCGAUAAAUAAGUGUCAAUAUUGCGAUUAAUUCAGAAAAAAAAAUAUUUAUUUACUUUACAUGUAAUGUAGGUAAUAUUUAGGUUUAUAACCCAUUCGAAAAAACGCAUUUAUUUAUUUUUUCCUUUUGAACGC